GCUGUUGAUGCAAUACCUGUCACAACAAAACAAGACAGGAAUAUUGAGGAAAUAAACAAUAUGCCAUGUCCCUCAGCCACCUCAAAUCCUAAAGCAUGGAAGAAAUGUAAUGCAGACUAUUGUAAUGAUGAAUUACCUAUACCAAAAACUCCAACAAUUCAAGGUGGUUGUGAAUAUGCAAAAUAUUGGGCUCAAACAGAUAUUGUCAAGCACCACAAGUAUUCUUGCUGUCCAUCAAUUGUCCUGGCCAUUGCAAGACCUUGGAUUUGUGUUCUCAGAGCCAUAUAUCUUGAAAAACCUGUGAUUGAGCUGCUAACUGAUUUUAUUCUUAUGAUGAAUCAGCCUGAAGAUGAUG